CGUGUUGAGCUAGCGCGAGGCUGAGUGCAUGGGGUUUAAAGAGGAGAGAGAAGGGAAGACAGUGGCGAGAUUUCAAUCAACUCAACAACACAGAUAAAAAAAAAAUACAGCAGCAGAAUUAAGCCCCUCUCCUUUAACGAAAAUGGCAAAAGGGGACCCCAGGAAGCCCAAGGGCAAGAUGUCUUCUUAUGCCUACUUCGUCCAGACAUGCCGUGAGGAGCACAAGAAGAAAAGCCCUGAGAUUCCAGUCAGCUUUUCAGAAUUCUCCAAAAGAUGCUCUGGGAGAUGGAAGGCGAUGUCCGAUAAAGAGAAAGCCAGAUUCGACGACAUGGCCAAACAGGAUAAGGUGCGAUAUGAUCAAGAGAUGAUGCACUACAUGCCUGGAGGAAAGAGAGGCAAAAAGAAGGAUCCCAAUGCACCCAAGAGACCACCCUCUGGGUUUUUCUUAUUCUGCUCGGAUCAUCGUCCACAAAUCAAGGCUCAGUAUCCCAGCCUGGGUAUUGGAGAUGUGGCCAAAAAACUGGGAGAACAGUGGAACAGCCUCACAGAUUCCAACAAGCAACCCUACCUGAUAAAGGCCAACAAGCUGAAGGACAAGUAUCAAAAGGACGUUGCAGACUACAAGACGAAAGGCAAGGUUGGGGGUGUGUCCAUGCCCAUGCCCAUGGCCAUGGGAAUGAUGGGGAAUUGUAUGGCUCCAAAACCAAUGGCGAAGAGCAAUAUGGAUGAUGAAGAUGAUGAGGAGGAGGAAGACGAGGAAGAGGAUGAUGAUGAAUAUGAUGAUGAUGAAUAGACUCAUUUUCGUGUGUUUGAUUAAUUAUGACUAUAAUACCUAUUUCUCCCCCAUUGAAGUACAGUAGAUACGGAAUACACUGGUGGUCUUUCAUAGCCAGAUGUUGUUUUAAUGAAGGUGGAAUUUUUUUGUACUGUUGGCGAGAGACUAAGGGGUAUUUACACAACACCGUUUUCACCUAAAAACGGAAAACUUAUUAUGCGUUUUGGCCAUUCAUCAACACUACAACAGUCGUGGUAAGAAAAACGAAAUGUUAUUGCCUCCAUGUAAACUACAAAAUCACUAAUUUGUGAAAACGUUGACACCAUGCGCAUGCGUAUUACGUGUUCAGUCUAUAGGUGCGUGCGUAGUGUUUCCUUGCAAAGUGACAUCGCCAACUACUGGCCUGGCAUGUAUAAUACAGUGUUUUUGGUCGUUUUAGCAGAUCCAUGUAUACGGGGAUGCGUUUUUCGCAUGUACGCAAAAAACACAAAGGAAAAACUUUUCCGUGUUUAGUACGUCGUUGUUGUGUAAAUGUACCCUUACUACCACAGUUUCUUACCUCCAGCUUUGUGUGUGUGUGUGUGUGUGUGAGUGUGUGAGUGCAUGUGCACAUAUGAAGCUCUCACUUCAUCAUGGUAGCCCAGUGUCUUCCUAGCCCAUGUUUUUAUCAUUUUUACCAAUUGUAUAACAAAAGGCAUUUAAACAAGUAAUACUCUUUCUGUAUAUGUAAAUCCCUGUCCUAUAUUUUUCUUUUUGUUUAAGAGGUUCCUGAGUGUGUAGCUUUGUAUAUGGUUGACACUGAGUAGAUAUUGUUUAUGAUUGUAAUAUGUUGCAUGUGGAAAUGUGUCACAGUUUUGUACACUGUGCACCGAUAUCAGACAUUUCAUGCUGAACCAAGCUUUCUCUUCCUUGUCCAGUUUAGGAAAAAAAUCAGUGCAAAAGAGCAAUUGCCACCAGCACGUCAGUUAGUCCUGUUGCAGGGGUGUGUGCUAUAUGUUGUUUACUAUACUAUAUGAUAUUAGCACAUACAAGAUCGAUAUAGGAAAGAUAUUUAUAUCAUCUUUCUUGUAUAUUAACUGUUGUGUGAUCUAGGAAUGUACCAAAAUAGAAAUACUGAAUUUUGUAAAAUGUGGUCAAAAUGUUACAAUGUGAAGCAGACGAGAACUUAGCACUAUUGAAAUAUGGCAUAAAAAGUAUAAUGUUAGUAUUGGGGGGGGGGGGGGGGGGGGGAUAAUACUGUCCAAAAUGGUCACAAUAUGGUGCAUUCCUAGUCUGAUCCUUAUUUUUGUUGAAUAUAAAGUAAGAAACAAUGCUGAUGAUAAAUCUGCACUUAUCUGUAUCUAUGAUUUUCAUUUUAUAUGUUUGAAGUUUGCAAUUAAAUUGAAACAUUUUUA